GUCUCAUUUUGGGUUCCGUCAUUCCAAGCAGUGUCUAGAAAAGUGAACUGCAUGGAAGAACGAGCCAUCACUCGAACAACUAUUGACCAGAUUAGGACAUUCAGGGUCAGUUUCGAUUCUGUGCCUGGUAGCCCUGCCAAUCAUCGGCCGGCCAUAAUUUUGGCAUAUGAUUCGGCUGCCAACAGACCGCCAAUAAUUUGGUCGCACAUACUAAGAAGACUAGGCCUGCAAGGGUUUGAUUUUUCUGGACUUUUCGGAAAUUUUUUUACCGCCCUUGUUAGCACGACGCGUGUGCUCAAGAGUCUCUGGGCGUAGCUUUUUUUUUUUCUGGCAAAGCAUUUUACACGUUUGGAUUUCUAGAGAGGUCGACCGCCGCUUUGAAUGUCUAAUCUGUCCCUUACAAUGUCUGGUCUUCCUCCAAUCGUGGGCCGCGUGGCACGGUUUUCACCACGUCGGUUUGCGAGAUGUCUCGAGAUCGUUCGUGGAUCCAUCCAGUCUAUGGUCCCACCGCCUUUUCUCUUGUAUAAAUAAGGAGUCUCCCAUCGCCCAACAGAAGACGAGCUCUCGUCCAUGGCAAAGAGAAAGAUGCAGAAAGAAUGGUGUGCGUACAGAGCAUGGGACGGUCGCAGCCGGGUACCCAAGGUGCCGGCGCUACUGGCUGACAAAGCCGCGCUAUGCUGCACAUGAGGAGGAUUGGAGGAACACCCAAUCAAUCGGAGGGCGGGUGGGCUGAGCAGCCGGACGGCGCUGCCAUGGGGGCAAGCGGUGAGCACGUGACAUGUAUCUGCCACUGCUGGCGAACGCUCCCGGCGCUGGAGACGGCCGUUCUUUUCCGCAGAGCUCUCACAAAUCAGUCAACCUACGAAGUGGCCAGAUGGAAGGGGCUAUUCUACUUGAGGGUAAUUCUGGACAAAGCUCAUCCAUUCAGUAAAUGCAUAUAUAGAAACAUCUGUGACUUCUGCCUCACUAUGGAAUGAAGUUGCUCCGGAAGUCAUGUGAGGCUAGAGAUAUAGUUUACUGUCCUAUGAUUUCAGCAAUAUACGACUGGAAGUAGGUUCCUGUGAUUGAAACUGUACAGGGUGAUUUCUCACGCUUCUGUAUGAAUGUGAAUUCGAGCUGUGAUUGUAUGUCGCAGUCUACAGUUUUGCUCCUCUCUUUUCAUAGCCAAGCACAGUUUGCUCUUUUAAGCCAUUUGUGUUUGCAUCGCCA